AUGACCGAAUCUAAUUUCAAACGCUUCGUUCAAGUCGGCCGCUUGGUUCUCUUGAAGGCUGGUCCCUGCGCAGGAAAGGUCGCCGUCAUUGCAGAGAUUAUCGACCAUAACCGGGCUAUCAUCGACAACCCUAUCUCUGAUGUGCCCCGUCAAGCCUAUCCUUACAAACAUCUAGUUCUCACCCCCAUCUGCCUCACCAAACUUCCUCGUACUGCAUCGACCGGUGUCAUUAGGAAACACCUUGAGAAGGAGGCGACAUUAGCCAAGUGGGAAUCAAGCUCUUGGGCCAAAAAACGAGCUGCUAUUGAAAAACGCCGGACUCUGAAUGACUUUGGUCGGUUUCAAGUCUUGAUGGAGAAGAAGAGGAGACGGGAUGGUGUCAGGAAGGCGGUCAAGAAGUUGGCAUAA